AUGGCCGCGCUGCGCUUCGGGCCGCCCCCGGCGGAGCUGCCCGCGGUGCCGCCCUCCUGCCCGCCGGGCCGGUGGCUGUGCGGGACGGUCGGGGGCAGCGGGGGAGGGCCCGGGGCUGCCCCGGCGCCCCUCGCGGCGCCGCCCCCGGCGGCGGAGGGAGCUCCAUCGGCGCAACGUCGGAAACGGACGAGCUUCACGGCGGCGCAGCUGGAGACGCUGGAGCUGGUGUUCCAGGACACCAUGUACCCCGACAUCUACCUGCGGGAGCGGCUGGCCGACGCCACGCAGAUCCCUGAGUCUCGCAUCCAGGUCUGGUUCCAGAACCGCCGCGCCAAGUCUCGCCGGCAGCGGGGGCCGCCCCGGCCGGGUCCCCCCGCCCCGCCGCCCCAGCGCCCGCCGUGCGGCGCGGCCCCAAUGCUCCGGGCCCAGGAGGAGCGCCGAGAGUGGCCGCCCCGCGCCGCCGGCCCGCCCGGCCCAGUGCCGCGUCCGCACGCGGGGAGCGGAGGCGCCCCGGCAGGGUCCUACCCGCCCCGCCCCGCGUUCCCCCUCCCGGCCGGCGGUGGCUUCUCGGAGCCGGGAAUGGAGUGGGAGGAGAACGCCCUCGGCGCCUUCCGAGCCCUCUGACGGCCGCCCGGCCCUGCCCUGCCCGCGCCUCUUGCACUUUAUCCCGGAGGGACUGCGCCUAUUUAUGACCGGGAGAUGGGGGCGGCUGCGCCGGUUGCCGGCACCGUGUUACAUUGUUUACAGCUUCUAUUUAACCUUUUUAAGCCAUCAAGCCGACCGAAUGCACUGUUCUAGGGAGGAUGGGGGUGGGGAGGGGACUGCUGUUACUUUUUGAGAGAGAAAAAUAAAUAAAAGUUCCCAUUUCUGCUCUGCGCUGCUAUGGAGCCGAGAGUUGUUUUCGUGAUGCAGACAGGGAUGGGCUGCUGACCUCGGAGUGGCCAUAGCCCCUGAGAGCCACGGGUGCAGCGAAGGGAACUAGAGAGCACUAAACCAGCAGCCUUUUCCCACAUGGGACAGUGUGAAGUUAGCACAUAAGAAAUAUAUAAAGAAAAAGCCCCUCAAAGGGGGGCAUUUUUUAACGACCAUAUUAGUGUAUGCGUAUCUUAAGGCAGCUCUUCCUGCUUAUGAGCAGAGCAAGCUGUCAGACUCCAGAUAAUAGAAUCAGAAGACCAGUAAUAUCAUCCAGUCCAACUGUCAGCCUAUCCUCACCGUGCCUGCUAAGCCAUGUUCCUUAGUACCACAUCAGCCCAGCUCUUGAACACUUCCAGGGACAGUGCCUCCACUCAGACAACUUGUGCCAAUGCAUCACCACUCUUUCUGAGAACAAAUGUUUCCUAAUAUCCAACUUCAACCUCCCCAUGUGCAACUUAAGGCCGUGACCUCUUGUCCUAUCACUGUUACCUGGGACAAGAGGCCACUGGCCUUCUUGGCCACCUGGGCACACUCCUAGCUCAUUUUCAGCCAGCUGCCAGCUAACAGCCCCAGAUCCUUUUCCUCCAUGUCUUUCCUGCCACUCUGCCCCAAGCCUGUACCAAUACAUGGGGUUUUUGUAACUGAAGUGCAGGACCCAACCCUCGGUCUUGUUGUAGCUCACACAAUUGCUCUCAGCUCAUUGAUCCAACCUGCCCAGAUCCCCCUGCAGGACCUUCCUACCCUCAGGCAGAUUGGCACUUCCUCGCAACUUGGUGUCAUCUGCAAACUUAGCAAGGGUGCACUCAAUCCCCUCAUCCAGAUCAGUAAAUAUAUUACGUAGGGCUGCCCCAGUACUGACCUGAUGAACACCAGUCAGGAGACAACUCCUGAACGUCACAAGGCUCUUUUGGAGACAAAAACAGAAGCAAGGGGUGUGUGUACUGUCGGGGAAAAUAACCUGUGUCAGGAAUCACACCCUAUAGGACAAGGUAACCAAUACCCCAAAUCUUUUGGUGUA